AUGUUAUAAAUCAGUUUCUUUAUAAGCGGUUUAUUUAGAUAAAUUUAGUUAUACUGACAUGAUUCACUAAUUUUCUAAAAUAUAAAUGGUUCAGCUCUCAGUUAUUUUUAAACUAAUGACCUGUGUUAUACUUAUUAUUUUUAAUGGGCUUUUAUGAUGUUUUAGGUUUUUUUGAAUCCCAUGUCCUUCAAGUGCUUUCCAACUUUGAGAGGAAGAAAUUGACCACCUGGACUAUGGAACUGAAUAUAAAUAGUUUCUGGAAAGGACACUGUCAACUUCAAAGCAAAAUGAAGUUCUUUUUGUUGCUUUUAACCAUUGGGUUCUGCUGGGCUCAGUAUUCCCCAAAUACGCAACAAGGACGGACAUCUAUUGUUCAUCUGUUUGAAUGGCGGUGGGUUGAUAUUGCUCUUGAAUGUGAGCGAUAUUUAGCACCCAAGGGAUUUGGAGGGGUUCAGAUCUCUCCACCAAAUGAAAAUGUUGCAAUUCACAACCCUUUCAGACCUUGGUGGGAAAGAUACCAACCAGUUAGCUAUAAAUUAUGCACAAGAUCUGGAAAUGAAGAUGAAUUUAGAAACAUGGUGACUAGAUGCAACAAUGUUGGGGUUCAUAUUUAUGUGGAUGCUGUAAUUAAUCAUAUGUGUGGUAAUGGUGUGAGUGCAGGAACAAGCAGUACCUGUGGAAGUUACUUCAACCCUGGAAGUAGGGACUUUCCAGCAGUCCCAUAUUCUGGAUGGGAUUUUAAUGAUGGUAAAUGUAAAACUGGAAGUGGAGAUAUCGAGAACUACAAUGAUGCUACUCAGGUCAGAGAUUGUCGUCUGGUUGGUCUUCUUGAUCUUGCACUGGAGAAAGAUUAUGUGCGUUCCGAGAUUGCCGAAUAUAUGAACCAUCUCAUUGACAUUGGUGUUGCAGGGUUCAGACUUGAUGCUUCCAAGCACAUGUGGCCUGGAGACAUAAAGGCAAUUUUGGACGGACUGCAUAAUCUAAACAGUAGCUGGUUCCCUGAAGGAAGUAAACCUUUCAUUUACCAGGAGAUAAUUGAUCUGGGUGGUGAGCCAAUUAAAAGCAGUGACUACUUUGGAAAUGGCCGGGUGACAGAAUUCAAGUAUGGUGCAAAACUCGGCACAGUUAUUCGCAAGUGGAAUGGAGAGAAGAUGUCUUACUUAAAGAACUGGGGAGAAGGUUGGGGUUUCAUGCCUUCUGACAGAGCACUUGUCUUUGUGGAUAACCAUGACAAUCAACGAGGACAUGGGGCUGGAGGAGGCUCUAUUCUUACCUUCUGGGAUGCCAGGCUGUAUAAAAUGGCAGUUGGAUUUAUGCUUGCUCAUCCAUAUGGAUUUACACGAGUAAUGUCAAGCUACCGUUGGCCAAGACAGUUUGAAAAUGGAAAAGAUGUUAAUGAUUGGGUUGGGCCACCAAAUGAUAAUGGAGUAACUAAAGAAGUUACUAUUAAUCCAGACACUACUUGUGGCAAUGACUGGGUCUGUGAACAUCGAUGGCGCCAAAUAAGGAACAUGGUUGCUUUCCGCAAUGUAGUGGAUGGCCAGCCUUUUACAAACUGGUAUGAUAAUGGGAGCAACCAAGUGGCUUUUGGGAGAGGAAACAGAGGAUUCAUUGUUUUCAACAAUGAUGACUGGUCAUUUUCUUUAACUUUGCAAACUGGUCUUCCUGCUGGCACAUACUGUGAUGUCAUUUCUGGAGAUAAAAUUGAUGGCAAUUGCACAGGCAUUAAAAUCUACGUUUCUGAUGAUGGCAAAGCUCAUUUUUCUGUUAGUAACUCUGCUGAAGAUCCAUUUAUUGCAAUCCAUGCUGAAUCUAAAUUAUAAAAUUUAAAAUUAAAUGCAUAUCCUCAAAACAAUA